AUGACAAAUGAUGACGACGACCAACAUGGUCUGAUCAUUUUAGGCAACUCAGGAGUAGGCAAAAGUUUUCUUGGCAAUAUACUUCUUGGUCGUGAUGCUUUUGUGCACGACUUUAGUUCAAGUUCAGUUACACACACCACUGAAUUUCAAGAAAUGGAACUAGGACAUGAUACUUUGGCCAUUUUCAAUAUUCCUGGCCUGAUCGAAGCUGAGCAAGAACGUAUCGAUUUGAAUAAAAAGGAAAUUGACAAAGCUUUUGCACAACGACCCAAUUCAAUAGUUAUGUUCGUAUUUGGUCAACAAGGUGGUCGUAUGAGAGAAGAAGAUGUGGUUGCUUUCAAUGCCAUUAAUGCAGCGUAUCCAUUUCGACCUGAAUCACUUGUUCUCGUUGUCAAUGGCUUACCAAAAGACCGGCCACCGAAGUAUGAAGGCACAACUCUUGUUCUUCUUCAGCAGCUUCUGACUGGUGUGUCUGUCAACAGUCAUAAUUUGUGCUUCUUAGACCAAAUUGACAAAAAAGACGUAAAAGAAAAACAACGUUUAAAGGAACAACUUUUACAAGUAAGAUUUCAAGGUUCGAUAAGAAGUUAUUCUAUUCUUAUGGAACUCUAUAACUAG